AUGGCAGGCCUCUCCCCCACCGGGAUCCGCGGCCCCGGAACCAACAACAACAUUUUCUUCUUCCCGCCCUACGACGGCAAACAAUACGACUCUCCUCCCCAGUCUUCCAGCCAAACUCAUCGUUCGGUGCGCUAUCCGUCUGCACUUCCUGAUGGAAAGACGCUGCGCAGCCGUAACCCCGCGGGCAGUAAGUACGACGUCCGCGCUACAUAUCCAGCGCAGCAUGUGCUCCGGCAACCGUCUGAGGAUAAGGGAAUGCAAAGUGAAGAGGGCGCGUUGGGGGCUUUGUUUCUGAGGGCGCGGAUUCCGGAGGAGGAUGGCGAGUUGAGGAAGAUGCAGGAUGAGGAGGGGAAGAGGGGGAAGAGGGACUUUGAUGGAGAUGCUGAGAGGAGCUGGAUAAGGGCCGAGCAGAAGGGAGGUAGAAGGAGGAUGGUUAGCAAGCCGCCUGUGAAAAACAGGAAGAGAUCGGUGGUGCUGGAGAAGAGACAGAGCAGCGAAGAGGAAAGCGAGCAGCACCCGCACGAAUGUCGCAAGUGCAGGAGGAAAGCGCGGGGGCAUGGUAUUUGGAAGGCGCUAGAGAAGUACUCGAUGCUGGUGGUGUGCGUGCUGGGCUUCUAUCUGUUGCCCGCUGCGGGCGCGCAGCAGCUUCCUAGUUCGGGGAGCAGUGCUAGCAUGCACGACGCCGCGAAUAGCACGUCCUCGUCCGCCGCAGCAGAUCCAUGGAUGCUAACCGGCUACUUCGCCGAAACAGGCCUCGCCAUGCUCUUCCGCCCGCUCACGCUGCUCUGCUCUCUCCUUCCCUCUUUCGUCAACCCCCUAGCGCUGCUCUCGCUCCCCCCGAUCUCUCUCACACUCUUCAUCCUCCUCUGCGCCGUGCGGCGCGACAUCCUCGUGCCUGCUCUGAGCUGCCUGCUGCUGCAGUUAGAAACGCGCGCGGCGUGGACAUGCUUCGGGCUCAUUGGGCUAGCAGCCGGGGGCGACGUUGGGCGAUGGGUGGACGAGGAGGUGUGGUGGUUGUGUAGGGAGGCGGUUAUCCAAGCUGUGGAGGGGGUGGUGUGGUGUACUGCUGUGGUGCUGGAUAUUGCGCUUUGUGUUCUGAGUGUUUGUCUUUGCGGAUUGCUGGAUUCCGCGGAUGUGGUGGGUCUGGUACUGGAGAGAAUCGCGCCCUGGGCUGUGGAUCGCGUUGUUGAGCUGCGGAUUGGGGUUGGAUUGUUGCUGGUUGAGCUUACUGAUCUGCUUGGGAUGUGUGGGCUGCUUGUUUUGAGGAGGUCGAGAGGCUUUUGGGUGGGUGUUAUGGUUGCUGUUUUGGCGGCGAAUUGGGGAGGUGUGGCGUUGAGGGAGUGGUGGGAGAGUGGGAGAGUUAGUGAGGUGAGGAGGCUGGGUGGAAGUACAGAGAGGAUUGCGAAGGUUGCUAUUUACUGA